GAGAUACUGAACAGUGUGCAUUGCAUUGGCAUUGACAUAAUAUUGCAGCUGGAAAAAGACGCGCUUUGCCCCUAGCAGUUUAUAUAGGAAUCAUAAAAAUGCAUGUAGUUUUUGGUGAACUCAUUCAAUGUAUUAGGAACAAACAACUGUUUGUUAGUUACAGGUUAUGACUGAGUGAGAAAGAGAGUGAGAGGGAUCUUCAGAUUUAACUUUUCUGGGUUCACUUGUUACAGCGUGAUAAGUUCCAUUCUGAGUUUCGUAGAUUCCUGACAGGGGUUUAAGGUUGUGAGUACUUGAUGUUGGUAAAAAAGGUGUGGCCUUUACUCUCAUUGAAGAAUGUCUGAAUCUGCUUGGCACUGUCGUUGAAGUUGAACCAAGGAAAAAAUGAAGCUUUUAUAAGAGCCAGUAACGUGUCUUGGGAAUGUGAGCAUGAUUCGCAAAUGGGGUUGCUCUGAAUAGUUCACAAGAGCUCUCAGCCUCUCAGGAAGGAAAAAAAAGAGCCUUGUUUUUUGUUUUUUAUUUUUUAUUUUGUUUGGAGAAAGUGAGAGAAAAAAGGUCAAGGAAAUUUCCUUUCACCAUCUUGUUAUAUUGGAAAUAUAUUUCUUUUUCCUUUUCUUCUGGGAGAGUUUUUGAUAGUUAUGGAAGAUUUUGAUAUGCUGUGAAGAGUUUGCGAAAGUUUUCUUUGUUAGCAAGUGGUAUUGGUUUGUGUUUUAUGCUCAAACCUGGGAGUCAAUGGUGGAGAGAUUAGAAAUUAGAGCUUCCAUUUGGGUCCUAAUCCUUUGUUUUGCUGUAUCUUUGUAUGUAAAUUAGGAAUCAGGAUUACUAAUUGCUGUUGUUUGUUGGUGAGUGACAAUGCCAUUAGGAUUUCUAUUUAUAGGAUUCAGUAUUAUCUCACUGAUUUAUAGGCCGAUUAAGCGGUGUACUAUGAGUUUUGCUGGUAUAAUUUUUGAAGUAGAUUUUCAGUGAGACCAUAUCUUAAGUCCUUGGAUGUUUAAGGCAUAGUCAUAUUUAAGGUCUGGUCUGUGAUUUGGGUGUUUCAGAAUGGAAGAAAAUUCUCAAGAAAAGCGGUCUUUGGCUUUGACUCCUACAUGGUCUGUUGCCACUGUGUUGACAGUGUUUGUUGCUGUCUCUCUGCUUGUGGAGCGCUCCAUUCACCAUUUAAGCAACUGGCUGCGGAAAACUAAUCGAAAACCAUUGCUUGCAGCUCUAGAGAAGAUGAAAGAAGAGUUGAUGUUACUCGGAUUUAUAUCACUCUUAUUAACAGCUACCUCACGCAUGAUAGCCAAUAUUUGCAUUCCAUCGAAGUUCUACAACAUUGCUUUUGCUCCAUGCACUAGAUCUGAGAUUGAUGAAGAAAUGGAAGACAACAGCUCUGAAGAGCGUAAAUUAUUGAUGGCUUCUUCUUAUCCACACUUAGUUAGAAGGAUGUUGAAUAGCAGCACCUGCAAAGAGGGUUAUGAACCUUUUGUUUCGUAUGAAGGUCUAGAGCAGUUGCACCGAUUCAUUUUUGUCAUGGCGGUAACGCAUAUAUCUUACAGUUGCCUAACUAUGUUGUUGGCCAUUGUGAAGAUUCACAGUUGGAGAGUGUGGGAGGAUGAGGCUCAUAUGGAUCGGCAUAAUUCAUUAACUGAAAUUACAAAAGAGUUGACCAUGCGAAGGCAAUCAACCUUUGUCAAGUCUCAUGCAUCAAACCCAUUGAACAAAAAUAGUUCCCUCAUUUGGGUGACAUGCUUUUUCCGUCAAUUUGGGCAUUCUGUGGUUCUUGCGGAUUAUCUUACGCUUCGCAAAGGCUUCAUCAUGAAUCACAACCUUUCAUUCAAAUAUGAUUUUCACAGCUACAUGAUUCGAUCAAUGGAAGAGGAAUUCCAAAGGAUAGUUGGUGUGAGUGGUCCACUCUGGGGAUUUGUUAUUGCCUUCAUGCUUUUCAACAUUAAAGGAUCUAAUCUAUAUUUCUGGAUAGCUAUCAUUCCUGUAUCUCUUGUGCUCUUGGUGGGAACAAAACUACAGCAUGUUAUUGCAACCUUGGCAUUGGAGAAUGCUGGAAUUACAAGGUUCUUCCCAGAAGCAAAGUUGAGGCCUCGUGAUGAACUUUUCUGGUUUAAUAAGCCUGAACUAUUGCUAUCGUUGAUCCAUUUCAUUCUCUUCCAGAAUGCAUUUGAGCUGGCUUCAUUCUUUUGGUUCUGGUGGCAGUUCGGAUAUUAUUCCUGCUUUAUUAGGAAUCACCUUCUCCUUUAUAUAAGGCUAAUAUUGGGGUUAGCAGGACAGUUUCUUUGCAGCUACAGCACCUUGCCACUCUAUGCACUUGUUACACAGAUGGGAACAAACUACAAGGCAGCAUUAAUCCCACAGAGGAUAAGAGAAACAAUUCAUGGUUGGGGCAAGGCAGCUAGGAGGAAGAGAAGACAUGGCAUGUUCACUGAUGACUCCACCAUUCACACAGACACAAGCACUGUGUUGUCUAUUGAAGAAGAUGAUCAAUUAAUUGAUACCCCUGAAGUAGAAUUACAACCAGCAACAGCUGUUACAGCUACCCCUUCUCCCAUUGCUAAUGAAACUUCAAGUAGGGCUGUUACACCCCUCCUAAGACCCUCUGCCUCAAUAUCUUCAGUGCAAUGCAGUUCUAAAGCUGAAGCAAUUCCAAGAUGCUCCUCUAUGCCAAGUGGAAGAUAAAUUGUGAACAAUGGAGACUAAUGAAACUAGUUAAAUGGUACAUUGAUAAAGAUGGCUUUUGUAUGAUCAUCAAAGAUGUAUAAGAUAACUACUUAUAGUUCCCUUAAAGAAAGCUUUACAAGGGAAUAGUGCUUUUGGACAUUACUAAUUUAUGUGGGACAACUAUACAAUGGGGUGACUUUUGUAUCUUGAUGCCGAGAAGUAACACUGGAGAAUUGGCCAAGUAUAUUGUAAUUUUCUUUUUUGGAUUUGAAAUAGUGUAAAUUAAAGUUGAUUGUAUGUCAAAGAAAAUGAUUAUCAUUGUUUUUUUAUAAUCAUGUUAUUGAUAUGGAGUAUCCACUAA